GCCCAAGAGCCAGGAAGAAGAGGUGGGGGGCGCCAGUGUGCUCCUACGAUUGCUGGAGGAACCCUCCAUUGCGUAGCGUGCAGUUUCUCUGGACUUCUGCCUAACUUUAUCCGUAAAGAAGUGAGCAAGUUCAGUGAGACGCGGAAGCAGGAGCCAAAGACCCUCUUGGGAGAGACUUUGUAACGUCCGUGUUACAUCAUCGUCACAUCUGGCUCCCCUCUCCCCCUCCCCUUCCAUACUCCCCACUCCCCUCCCAGGUGACCAGAGCGGGGGCUAUCGUAGUCUGAAAGGAAAUUACCGUAUUGGUACCUGGUCUCCUGUGCGAGAAGGUGAACUGUCUGUCUGCCUGCCUGCCUGCCUGCCCACCUGUACCGUUGCGUUGGUAUAUUCGGUGUUGUGACCGCUGGGACGCCCGCUCGCCUGCCUACACGUGCGCCGCCCAAGUCUCCGAUAUCUGUCGAGGUGCGUCCGUGAGCCGUGAUCCUCAAGUGUAACCUCAGUGGGCCCGCAGGACUUCCAGGUCGACGUGAUGGGAGUGUUUGAUGGGCAGGCGAGGAUGAUGAAGAAUUCUAGCCUGCUAAGGUGGACCAAUAACAAGAACAACAACAACAAGAACAACAGUAAAAAUGCAAACAAGAAUUGGCUCCAUCCCCCAGAGGCUCUGCAGAAAGGUCAUAUUGCCUAUCUUGUCAAGUUCCUUGGGAGCACAGAAGUGGAUCAGCCCAAGGGCAUUGAAGUAGUGAAGGAGGGCAUCAGAAAAUUAAAAUUCAAUCAGCAGCUGAAGAAAGCAGAAGGAAGCAAGACACCCAAAGUAGAGCUCACAGUGUCCAUUGAUGGAGUGGCUAUUCAUGAACCGAAAACCAAGCGGAAUCUGCACCAGUACCCUCUGCAUAGAAUCAGCUACUGUGCUGAUGACAAGGCUGAGAAACGCUUCUUUAGCUUUAUUGCCAAAGAGGCAGACUCUGACAAGCACACAUGCUUUGUUUUUGUCAGCGACAAGCUGGCAGAAGAGUUUCCUAAAAAUUUGGAACCUGAUGUUGAUGAAUACAUGAAAAAAAAUAAUAUAUCUGACCUCCUGACACUCAAUGGUGAGAGCAGUACUGACCCCUCCCCGUCAGAACUGUUGGCCUCUAGCAGCACACUCACGCCUCCUCCUGUUCCUCCAAGAAAUGCCAUGAAACAAGAGGAUGACACGUCUUUCCUAGGGGAUAUUUUGUCUACUCCCAUGACGUUAAAUGGUGCUGGGGACAAUGCCAAUGACGAUGAUGAUGACUUUAACCCAAGAGCUGAAGAAUUUCCCUCAGUGAAUGGAAUCAGCACAGGAUCUAUCAAUAAUGGAGAUUCAUCUGAAAAUCCUGAUGAUGACUUUGAUCCUAGAGCUGAGGAGAAGAAACCUCCAUCUUUUGCAACUGUGCCAGCUCCUGACACCAAUGGAUUGGCAAAGGCCCCACCUGCAUUAAUUCCUCCUCCUCGACCAUCUCGUGCUCAUGAGCAACAAAAUGGUUUAUCAGAUGACAUAUUUGACACUCCAGCUGACCCAUUUGGUUCAGUAGCUUUUACUCCAGCAAAUAACAACAAUGAUGUUCUGGCUCAAUUUAUGGAAAUGAAGGCUGGAUUUAGUCGUGGCCUCUCAUUUGGUACAGCAGAUGAUGACUUCACCCUGGAGAGUCUAGACCCUCUUAAAAACUAAUUUAAAAGAGCAGUGUCAUUAACAGUGUCUAAAGGUGUUCAGCCCUAAAAAAGCAAGAAAAAAAAGAAAAUAAUUAUAAAAAGGAUUGCAAGGUAUACUUUUGACAUUCCUUACAUAGACCAUUGUAAGAUGGUACAUGUUGGGGCUGUUAGAUGUAUAAUGUUGCAGGAUCUGCACAAUAUAAACAGAUAUCAUUAAGAUUAUUGAAAAAAAGAGAAAAAAAAAGUUCUUUGGGUUUGGGGAGUAAGGCCAUUUUUAUGUUUUUUAUGCUUUUUUCAUCAAUAAAUUUGUAUGUCAUAUAAAAGAACUAGUUGUUCUUACCACCAUUAUUUCAUUAUAUCAGUAGCUAACCCUAUACAAGAUUAGAUGACAGGUGAAACAGUAACGUAAUUGCCUUUGGUUGUCAUUGCCUUUGGUUGUUAUUGUAAAAUAUUCUAGACAUGCUGCUUGUGGAUAUUAAAUAUUUUUUUUUAAUGAAUAUGUAACAGCACAAUGCAAAACUCUUGUCAUCUUGUUAUUUCACUGGCAAUUUUAUGGAGAAUAACUCAUUGUCGGCUGUAGAGAAGAUAUAGUAUUUCUGUAUUGAAACAUAUCUGAGGAUCACACCUAAAUCAUGAUAUGGUUAUAUAUGUUUAUUUAAGAACUUUUUUGACAGUCAUAGAUGUGUAUAAUCUUUACUCCUUUAUUCAGUAACACCCAAUGUGUGUUGAUAGAGACCACUUCAUCAUUCUUAUAAAAUAUUUAAUGGAAAUUUAGUUGUCCUCUUGGUGUUGAUAAAUCAUUCUUGUACUCUUGUUCGACAGUGUUUAGUGCUUUAUGUGAAAAGGACUUUGUGAUAAACUGAAAUGCACAUUAGAUGACGGCUUCACAAUUACCUUAUAUUAAGAGGCAUCUGUUUGAUAUUGAUAUUUUCUCUGCUACUAGUAGCCAAUUAUUGCUGCAGAGGCCAAGUAUUAAGACAUUCCUGUUAAUGCUCUCCUUUUCAUACUAAGUGUUUCCAAAUUUUUAGAAGAAUCACUUGAAGAAAGUGUGUUCAAGACAUAAUCAUUCCUGUGUUUCCGUGAUAUGUGCUUGGAAUUAGCUUUUAUCAUAGCUACACCUGCUUUCAUUGUUGGUACCAGUGCAGCAGUGGCAAAGAUGAAAAGAACAAAAUAUGGAAUGUUUUAAGGUAUCCAGACUUCUAGCUACUUUGUUCUGGUGCCUUUGAUUCAUAUUGUUGAAGAGGCACCACGUGGUGGAAAUGGCAUUUGCACUCCUUAAUUUUUUAGAUAGGAAGAUUUUUAACUAUAGGCAAAGCAUAGAUGUUUAAAAAAUCUUUCUAUUUUUUCCCUUAUACUAUGCAAUAUACCUGAUAUGAGUGAUGCUAUUGAAAGAUGUAUAUAAAUAUCAAUAUAUAACUUUGUGUGAUAGUUGUAGAGGAUCAGAUUUUGUGUUUUGUUAUUCUACUAACAUAAGCAUCCUCUGGGUGCACUGGGAUUGUUACUGCCAACUUUGUGAUGACAUUGCAUAUCAUCAUGACCCAUUUUGCAAGCAUAAAGUUUUGAUGACGCUGGCUGUCGACGUUUGUUUUCAGCAUCUCUUAUUGUAUCUGUAAAAGGUAUUGUUUGUAUCACUUAUUAUCAGUAUUUAUCAGUGUACCAGUUACAUCAUCUAUUAAUUAUUCUACAUUUUAGAAGCAUGUUCCAAUGCUGUUUUUCCAAUACAGGCAGUAAUGAAUCUCAAAAUAUUUGACGAUAUAUGCAUAUGAAUAUUUUAACACAACAUAAGCAAGAGCAACUUGUAGCUUUUGAAGGUGUUUAACACUAAACACCUGUAUUGUGAUGUAUGAUAUUGUCUGGUCUGAUAAUCACAUACAUGAAAUGUUAUUCAUUGUCUAAUUUAACCUUCUUUAAGCUCUUCCAUGAAUUUGUAGAUACUGAUAUAAUACCAUACAUAAUAUAUACAUAUACAAUUUAAGUAUAGUAUAAAGAGAGUCGAGUGGAAAAUCUAUAUAAUGAUAAUAUAAGAAACAGUGCUACAUCAUCAACACAAACAGUUCAUGUAUAUGUAUGUGUCUUUGAUGUGUAUGUACACAUGCACAGGCACAUGCAUGCCCACAUAUACACACAUGCUUGUGAACAUAAACACUCACAGUUACACUGAUGCAGAUAUUCAUGCUAGCUCUCACACACAUAAUUGUAGUCUUAUAAAUGCAGGCAAAUUAUUAUAUAUUUAUCAAAAUUUGGUUAAGAACAGGUUGUAAAGUUUCCAGUCAUACAAUUGUAUGUUACUAUAUCUUGCAUAUUAUUUUAUAGUUAUUAUAUUUUUAAUAACCAAGAUAGCAUUUACAGUAUGUACUUGGGAUUUGUUCAUAACUUAAAAUUGCUUUACUUUGAUAAUACUAAUGUUAGCAAUAGAGUGAGAAUGUAAUCUUCCCUUCAUUUGGAGUGAAUUGUAUGAAGUGAUUCUUUGUAUGAGUCGUGUUGCUCCACAACUGUAGCUGUAUUUGAGGGUAUUUGGGUGGUAUCAAAAUCUGUUUCAGUAGUUAUUUGUGAUUCUGUUCAAAAUGUGUUGAUGUAUUUGUUCAAUUAUAUAUUUAGCUGAUAUGAUGAUGCUGUGUAAAAGUUGCCCUUUUCCAAGUCUUUUAGUCACAAAUUACUGAUAUUGUCCUGGUAAUUCUCAAGAUUAUUGCUGUGUACUAUCAAAGAAUUGUUUUUAAUAUACUUCCUUGCAGAACUUAUAAUCUAUAUAAUAUUUUUUAUUUAUUUUUCUUUGUAUAUAGAUUUGAAUGCAACUUGAACUUUUUGCUCUUCUGUUUCUGGUACCUUUCCUUUAACAUAAAGAUAUAGAAGGAAAAAGGAAAAUACAUUUGACAGAUAUAUACUUAUGUUACGUAUCACACAUUUUAUGCACACAUGUAACAAGUUGCACAUGUAUUUCUACGUUCAUCAGUAUGAACAUGCAAAAUCAAGAGUAUGUUUACAUGUCAGUGCAUGUGCAAGUAGAGUUAUACCCUUCGUAGAAGGAAGUAUUUUAUUUUUCUGUGGUAUAUAAAAUUUUCUCUGUACUUUCAUUGGCUUAACUUUGGUACAGAUGUCUAGUUAGCAUUAUUCUAAAUUUUGUAGUAUGUAAUAUUCCUUACACCUGUAGGGAGAUAAUUGCUUUUUUACAGGUAUCUUACAAAUAUUAAUGGUAAUGAUAAUAAAAUUACACAAAACUGAGGAAACCCAUUAGAACAAGAACUCAGAUUUCACUUGUGCUUAUCUGGACUUGGAAUUACAACCAGAUCAUAGGCACAAAAACUCACAGAAAUGGAUAUUUACCUUAUUUGCAGCAUGGCAGCCUUAUUCACUUUCAAAAAUAAUUUGCUUUGAAUGUAGAAUUGCCUCAGUAUUCAGUGUUUAUUGUCAUGUCAGAUGUUUUGGAAGCACAAUAAUGUUUUAUAAAAAAAAAAAAAAAAAAAAAGAUUG